GGUUUGGUCAAAAACCUCGAAUGGACUGCAUGCAUAUCUAACCAAAUUAGGUCGGAUAACGAAAGGAAAUCUAAAGUUCCACGCUUUUAUGUACCUCAGAGUUGUUCGAGAUUCAGGCCUGAUCCACCUUGUAAUUAGCAUAGACUGACAUUCCUAUACCAAUUUUUUUUUGUUUUUCUUUUCUUUUCUUUUCUUUUCCUUCUGGUUAAUUAUUGGGAUGCAACAACUUAAAAUCGGAGGCAGUAUCCAGCCCGCUUGCACAUGGGAUCGGAGCUUGAUUCGCGUCACUGACCGAGUCUGCCUCAUUGCAUCCGCAUGGUUGCCGCUGUGGCGUUUAUGUUGCCACCACAUGAUCAUCUUCGCUAAUUGACGAUGUCGAUCGUAGAUCUUCCCCAGCGUACCACAGGAGUCCCCAGCUACAAAGGACACGUGCAGCAUCUUCCGCAAGUCUGGAUCUCGGUCGGUCAGAGAGAGAGAGAGAGAGAGGGGUUCUCGAUCUUUCAUAAAAAUCGGUCUGCGUUUCAAAAACUAAAACGUGGUUUGAAGUCGAACGCGGAGGACCAACAUUCCUGCGCCACAUCAUCUACAUCCACACCAUAUCUGAGUGUUGAAUCCGAUUUGAUUUAAAAAGCUAUCUCCUGCCAAAAUCUAUACCCCACCAAUAUUUCACUCCCCUCGUUGGUGGUGGUGUUGUUGUUCUUGCGGUAGUUAUCGUUGUUCCUUUAUUAACUUUAGCUAGUAAGGAGAGGAGGAGAUAAGAGAUGCACCGGUCCGCGAGCACAUCAAGGACGUCAGAGGAGUAUUAUAUGAGCAUGACGACAGGCGGAGGAGGGAAAGGACUGUCGUCGUCCCCCGGCUACCGGUCGAGCCUGGACGUGGACCACCUCCCCACCUACGACCCCCUUUCCGAUGCCGCGAAGAAGGAUGGUGGGCGGGCCCGCUUCGCCGAGAACAUGGUCCACCUCAUCCCCCUCGUCAUCAUCUUCUGCGCCAUGGUCCUCUGGUUCUUCUCGCACCCUGAUAUUGAUAUGGCGAAUACGGAUGAUUCUAUUGUUGCUAGAAUCAAGAACAUGACCAUCGAUGGCUCUGGCAGUUGGAAUGGCUCAUCGAUGACGAUAGGGUUGGAGGAUUUGGAUCCAAUCGAUGGGAUCGCGAUGGAAGACGCCGGCAGAGACUCCGAUAACAAAGACAAUGAGGAAUGAGGAGAACGUUUUGCUGCGUGCUUUAUUUCUUGCAAUGACGAAAUGCGUCUUGGCUCUUCUCUUUCUGUGAUUUUUUUUGCUUCUAGAAUAUUGAAAUCUUUCUUUUUCUUUCCUUUUUUUUUUUUAAUAAAGAUUGUUUGAAUCUUCCAGGUGGGUUACGGUGCUUUUCAUCUGUUUGUUUGAGUCUUCCAGGCGGGUUAUGGUGGUGGUCUUCAUCUGUUUACCGAUUACCAAUAAGCUAGCUGUCAUCACUUGCGACUUGCGACUCAACUAUUUAAUUCUUUUAUUGUUCUCUUUGAUCUUCUUUUUUCUUGUUUUAAAACCCAGCCUUUCAAGAAAAGAUGGAGGGUGUGGAGUGGCCGGUUUCCCCCCUUUCCCUAUUCGGCAGGAUGAAUUCUGAUCAACUCCUCAAG